AUGAGAGCUCUGGUGGAGUCCAUUUUGCUCUUAUUUUGCCUAUUCCUGGGCUGCAAAUCGGUCUCUGGAGAUAAAGACGAUCCUAUUCCCCUUGAUAUCAACUCUCGCAAUCAAAGUGGAGUAGAUGUGACCGAAGGUUUUCUCAAGGAUAUCAAGUAUACCACGUAUAGACCCAUUGAAUCCGCAGGGUUCAGUUCUGUAUCAGAUGGGAUUCAUCGCCUCUGGACAGCCUCUUCAGACGAUCAAUGCCGAUUUUCUAGGCUGAUAUCCAAGGGUUCAGAGAAUCCACUGCUAUUUUUACAUGUCUUAAGGUCUGGAUUACCCGCUCAUAAGCACUUUGAGAAGGGAGAUAACUCAUGGCGGCCCAUAUCAGAGAAUGAUUUUUUCAAGAAGCAAGAUGAACUUUACACUGGAAAAUGGGUUAAAGUGGUACUAAACAAACCAAAAGGGCCGAAAACCAAGUAUCUAGAGGAUCUAGACAUUGUAAAGACUGACCUUUCAAGGUUCUCUUUGAGUGCAAAAGAAGACGCAGGAGUAGAAUAUAAGAAGUUUAUUGUAAAGGACGAUGUUUCCAUAUCUUCUGUAGUAGACGAUGAAGCAAAAGUCUGGGAUAUACCAAGUGACAUUGAAUGUAGACGUGUGAAUUUAUAUAAAAAAGGAGAUGAAAUACUUUUAGCUAUAGAAAUUAAUGCCGUAGAAGAUGACUUUAAAUAUUAUGAGAAAAAAUCCGGUAUAUUGUGGAGUAGUAUAUCUUCUCAGGAAUUCGAAUUGGAACUAGAAAGAUUCCAAACUGGCAUCUGUAGAACUUGUGAACUGACAAAGGAACCGUACGUACUUGACUUUUCCAAUAUAAAUGAUAAAAAGGUACAUAAGAUUGCCUAUAAUUAUAGUGGAUUUAAUCAAACGCAAUAUACUGUACUUGGGAAACUAAAAAUAGACUCCAUUGUUGAUGGUGCAAGCGAAAUUUGGAAGGCCAAAAAGGGUGAAGAAUGUCUCACUGUAGUCUUGUCUGCCAGUGAUGAAUUCCAUUUGCUCUCUGUACGAACAACUCUCGGUAAAGACCCCUCUGUUUUACGUUUUGAGAAAGAGUAUGGAAGAUGGAGUAAAAUAAGUGAAAAGGUCUAUUUGCGCAAACUUUAUGGAAGCUCAUUUGAUGAAGUUCUUGACAUAACUAAAGUUACACCAGAUAACGCUUACCUUACGUACAAGAUGGAUGAUGGAUUUCCAUACAAACAAUUUGUACCGAAAGACGAGUUGUUUAGCCAAGUAGUAGAGGGGGAAACAAUCAUAUGGGAAACGAAGUAUAAUAGACUUUGCAGGCAUUUAGAUCUAUAUUCCCGAGAUGACUUUAAAAUCCUACGCCUAGAAACAAAAAUAUACUCUUCUAUAGAGGAAGACUACUACAAAAAAACUGAUGGAAAAUGGCAAACAAUUGAUGAAAACGAAUAUCUUGAGGGAAUAAAAAACAUAAAAGAUAACACAUAUCGCAUACCAACUUCUGGGGAUGGAAAUAUAGUUGUGAAGGAAUACAGUCCAAUUGAAGAGUCUGCAGGGUUUGAUGAAGAGGGACUACUCAUGGAAUUUGAUUUUGGAACCGAGGAAUCUGGAGGUAUAUGCCCAGCCGAUGACAAUUUUUUAAACAAUCCUGAAUCAUACUAUAAUGAUGACUAUUUACGAGGAAAUAGGGUCGGAUACUCUAGCUUUUGGGGAUGGUUUAGAUGA